AAAAACCACGUGGAUGUUUGUUGCCCGUGAAAGAGACGCGCCUGCUUUUCGCUUCGUGAAGAUGCCCAAAACUGCCAAACCAAAACGGGGGGAGCAGGAGAAGAAAGCUAUCCAUCCUUACAGCAGAAAAGCGGCUCAACUUACAAAAGAAGCACACAAACAGGUUAAAAAGGAAAAAUUGAAAAAUGAAAAGGCCUUUCGGCUCAGCAUUGUAGGUGAAAAAUUGCUUUGGUUUCAAUGUCACCUUGAUCCUGACAAAAUGGAAUACACAAAAAAAGAAGCUUCUGAAUUAGUAGAAAAUUAUUUGCAGCGAUUUCGUGAUGAGUUGGAGCAGAUCGAACUGCACAAUAGCAUUAAAGGAAGACAGUCUAGACAGCAUAGUUCCAGGGAAACCGUAAUCAAGCAGACUAUGGAACGUGAAAGACAACAAUAUGAAGGCUAUGGCAUAGAAAUCCCUGACAUUGUAAACUGUAAACAUCUUCGAUAUUUCAGAGACUGGGAUGGAGACCUGAAGAAGCUACCAAAUAUUAAAAUGAGAAAGUUAUCCAGUAAAGAUCUCUGUAGUAGUAGAAUGGAGAAGGCAAACACUGGAGCUGGAAAUGAAUUGCUUGCAACACAGGAUGUGGACUAAAGAGAAAUCACUGGGAUAUCUGCAAACCAGUAUUUUGAUUGUCUGUGGCAGCAAGAAGCAAGAAACCUUCCUUUCAAUCAACCAUGAUUACCUGCAGUUCUGACCACUACAGUUUAUAAUAUUGCAUUGUCUUUUUUAAAAAAAUAUAUAGCGCAAUGUGUGUAAAGGUCAUAAAAAUACUUGAUGUUUCAUUGAUAGAGCCACAUUCUGAUUAGUCUAAAUUAACCAUUCUAAUGAGUCCUAAAAUGCAACAAAACAACAGAUUUAAAGCUUCACGAAGCAAAAGUCUGUUUUUUAUCUUCCACUUCACCGACUACCUUUCCCCAGUUGUUCUUCAAGAGAAAAGUAUCGAUCUGAUUGUCAUUGCAAUAGGAGCAAAGUAUUUUUAGGGGUGAACUUAAAUGCAUCUUCCCAUAUC